GAGAAAGCGAAGGCCAUUCGUGGAAGAAUUUGGAAUAUGCUCGAGACGGAUCAAGGAGGAAACGUGUCCGGAGGCGAUUUGCGGGCAAUUUGAUAGCGGUAGCGCCGUGCCCGCUGCCCCGCCGACGUCCUCCGCCCGCCCAUCUCUCGCCCAUCGCGAACUCGUCUGCAGCUGCGCAUGGGAUGGCAUUCGAGUGCUGCUCGCCCGGCGACUGAAGCCAUGUCCGACCCCGACACUGCCGCCCCUGUCGACGGAGCACGCGCGCGCGGAAAUGACGACGGCGAUUCCGGGAAGGAGCCUGUCGGUGACACCGCGCCAGAUCAUGCACGUCAUCGUCCCCAGUCGCCUGCCCAUAUAGGUCCGCGCGCAGAUUCGCCCGCCGCUCAAUACGCCCCGCGCACCUCCUCCUCCUCUAGCACCCUCUCGUCUGCGCACCCGGGCCCCGCGCCCCGCGGCACGUCCGCAUCGCCGCCUGCGUCUGCGUCUGCACUCCCAGAGACCGAGACCAAACCUCCCAAGUCGCCAUCCACCAUCACGCUCCCCCCGAUGUCCAUGUCCGCGCCUGCGCCCCGCAUCGAUCUCAGCGGCCUCGCCCUCCACUCGCCCUCGAACAUCGUCGGUACGCCCGCGCCGCGCGAGGACGCGCCCUACGAGUACCCAUUCCCGCGCGAGCCGCUCCUCGUCUCGCCCGCCCUCUCCACCGCCACAUCCUCGUCGUUUGGUAAUGCCAGCCCGAUCGGCGUGCCGCUCGCCUCGCCGCGACCCAUAUGCGCCGGCGUCGGCAUCGGCCUCAGUGCGAAUGGCGUGAUGAGCCCGACCGCGUUCUUCGGCGGCGCCGUGUCGCGCAGCCCGCCGCCCACCUGUAGCUCGCCCUCCGCGCACCCCAGGCUCCAGCUCACCAACCCGCCGAUCCCGCCGACGCUGCUGCAGAAGGCGCGCGCACGCAGCAACAGCUGCCGCCACGAACACCUGCCCCAUGGCUCGCAUGCGUCCGCCAAGCGCAGCGUGUCGACUGGCAGCGGCUCCAGCGAGCCUGGGGCAUAGCAGGCACAUCCUCGCGAUGCUGCGACCGAGAUGGCACGCACGCGGUCUCGUUUCCUCAUAAUGGGCAUGUCUCUUCGUCAUGGGUCACGGUUGGGUUUAUGGUAGAUUCCGCGUCUUCCUGGUUAUGAAUCGGUCGUCUUCUCUCCUUAUUCUACUAUAUAAGAGACCGUCGUCGCGCAUCCUCGUUAUCAUAUGCAUCGUCCAUCGCCCUGCUAUCCACCCGCUAUCCAUAUAUGCGCCUAGCGCGCCUUUUGAAUACUCCGGCUCUUCAUACGAGGCCGACAAUCCCUCUCCAUGCGAAGCCCAUCUGCCUUCCUUGCGAAGUCCACUUGUGCUCAUCAUGUGAAGCCUUUUGUGCUCUCAUGGAAGGCCCAUAUACACCCCCCAUCUGUGCUCCUCAUACCAUGAAUCAUGCACAUACACAUCUGCUGGAUAUACACGGCCCCAGCUGCACCAAACUCAGGGUCUUUAUUAAUUCCUUAGAACCGAUCUUCGACUAUUCGACUGCCAUGGGAGACUAUCUCAUGUACUUAUCUGCAGGUGCUUAUCUCGAGGGCAAGAACAUAUGUAUGUAACGCUCCUUGGCUCAAUGAUUAUAUUGUACAUUCUC